GUCAUGGGUUUGUAUCUAAUGUGUUAGUGAUGAAUUAGGUUAUAUUUGUAUGUGAAUUCGGAUAGUUUCAGAUAUGAAGUUAACAUGUGUGUAGCUCAUGUUAGGACAGUGUCGGUACAAAACCAAUAAUUCUUCAACAAGAGAUUUUUAGACGGCUUAGAACACCUUUGGUAUUCGGACAUUCGUGGUUACCUUUGAGCAAUAUGGCAAUCGAGGAGGACUUUGAUUUAUCAGAGCUUUUGGGAGACUCCUUGAGCUUACAAUGUAACAUAGCAGCCCCUGCAAGAUAUAUCAACACUCCCGAGCUAAAAGACUAUUAUAUGGAAUUUGCACGUAAAGAUGCUUACGAAAUAUUAGGAGAGAGAGACUUCCAGAAAUGCGAGAGAGUAGAGAGUGUAGUAGGCACUCCUAUCCAGGAGUUCUACCGAGGAGCUAAUGUGCUCAUCACAGGAGCAACAGGAUUUGUAGGCAAGAUUUUGACAGAUAAACUGAUCAGAUGUGUUCCCAACAUUGGCCAUAUUUAUCUGCUGAUUCGUGGAAAGAAAGGCAAAAGUUCGAAGGAGCGAUUUGAAAACCUUCUCGAAGAUAAGGUGUUCCGUCGUAUGAAGGCUGAGGUGCCAGACUACGCCUGCAGACUGACAGCUGUUGAAGGAGACAUCGGCACUCCCAACCUAGGACUGAGCCCUGAGGACCACCGCCUCCUCUGUGAUGUUGUCAACAUUGUGUUCCACAGCGCCGCGGACGUCCGCUUCAUCGAGCCUCUCAAGACAGCCAUCAACUCCAACGUCCUGGGCAGCCGUCGUGUCCUGGAGCUGGCCAAGGGGAUGAAGAACCUCAGGACCUACAUUCACGUUUCCACUGCCUACAGCCAUUGUGUUAGGAGGAUUGUUGAAGAAAAUAUUCCCAAAAUUAAUCUGAACUACAAAGAACUACUUGAUUACAUUGAUUCUAAAACUGAUGAGGAACUUAAAGAGGAAACCCCGAGACUUCUUCAAGGAUGGCCCAACACCUACACAUUCAGCAAAGCGGUUUGUGAGGAAAUGUUGAGAGAAGAAGCAAAGGCUCUUCCUGCUUGUAUCUUCAGGCCGUCUGUAGUGACCCCCACCUAUAAGGAGCCAUUCCGGGGGUGGACAGACAACCUGUACGGCCCAAUGGGGCUGUUGGUAGGGGCUGGCCACGGAGCCCUUCACUGCUUCCACAUGAACGGCGACCUCACUGUAGACACGGUGCCCGUGGACUUCGUGGUGAACUGUAUGAUAGCGGUGGCCUGGAGAACGGCUGAGGAGAAUAAGAUUAGAACAAAUAAAGAACCAAAAGUGUACAACUACACGUACACGUGCUUGAACCCUGGAGUUUGUUGGAAGACUGCUGUUGAAUUCUCCUUGAAACUGAAAGAUGUGUUUCCAUUCGACCGAUCUGUUUGGUACACCUCAUUCUUCUAUACAGAAAGCACUCUGUUGAACGAGUUCUUCUGGUAUCUCCUACACAGGAUUCCAGGAGCUUGCUUUGACAAACUGGCUGAACUCACUGGAGCAACCCCAGGAUUGACGAGAAUCUACGAAAGAAUAGAAACACUGAAGGAGCAAACUGACUACUUUUCCUUCCAACAGUGGGUGUUCAAGAAUGACAAUGUUAUGGAACUGUGGCGGUCUUUGAGCGAAGAAGACCAGAAAAUAUUUUACUUUGACACAAGAGAAAUUGAUCUAAAGUUACACUUUAUAAUUUCAAAAGUUGGAGUCAAAUACUACUAUUUAAAAGAGAAGAUAGAAGAUAUUCCUGCUGCUCACAGGAAGAAUAGAUGGUUGUACUGGAUCCACAACUCGGUAAAACUCACAUGUUCUGUGUUGGCUCUCAAGCUACUGGCAAUGACUGCAAGAACUCUACCCUUCUAAUAUCUCUCUUAACGGCUAAGAUACUACUAGAUGUGUAGGGACAUUGACUGAAAACAAUAUUAACUGAUUAGUAAACAUUAAUGUCUUAAGCAAUAAGUUACAAAAAAAAAAUAAAAAAAAUGAUAGAACUUCAAAGUACUUUCACUUUUGGAA